GCCAAUCAGCGUCCCCGUGGCUCCCGGUUAUAACUCCUCCGCCGAAGCGCAAGGACACACUCCUUCCCUACGACGCCGAAGAUGCGGGUCUUGAGCCCCCCCCACCUCCUCCUGCUGCUACUGGGGGCGCUGGUCCUGACCCCCAGCUGGGCCGGGUCUCACACCUUCCAGUGGAUGUACGGCUGCAAAGUGGGACCCGACGGGCGCCUCCUCCGCGGGUACAGUCAGUGGGCCUAUGAUGGCGCCGACUACCUCGCCCUGAAUGAGGACCUGACCUCCUGGAAUGCGGCCAACAUGGCUGCUCAGGUCACCCAGCGCAAGUGGGAGGCGGAGGGUUGGGCAAAGCGUGUGAGGAGCGACCUGGAGGGCCUGUGUGUGGAGUCACUGCUCAUGUGCCUGGAAAAAGAGAAGGAGACCCUGCAGCGAGCAGACCCUCCAAAGGCUCACGUGACCCACCACCCCGUCUCUGCCAGUGAGGUCACCCUGAGGUGCUGGGCGCUGGGCUUCUACCCUGCGGACAUCAGCCUGACCUGGCAGCGUGACGGGGAGGACCAGACCCAGGACAUGGAGCUGGUGGAGACCAGGCCUGCGGGGGACGGCACCUUCCAGAAGUGGGCGGCCGUGGGGGUGCCCCCUGGAGAGGAGCAGAGAUACACGUGCCAUGUGCAGCACGAGGGGCUUCCUGAGCCCCUGACCCUGAGAUGGGAGCCGCCUUCUCACACCUUCAUCAUCAUCAUGGGCAUCGCUGGGUGCCUGGUUCUGCUGGGAGCUGUGGCUGGAGCUGUGAUGUGGGGGAGGAGGCGCUCAGGAUGUUUUCUUCCCGCAGGUGGGAAAGGAGGGAGCUAUGCUCAGGCUGCCAGCAGUGACAGUGCCCAGGGCUCUGAUGUGUCUUUCUCGGCUUCUAGAGCGUGAGGCAGCUGCCUUGUGGGGACUGAGUGAUGGAAGAUGUGUUCACGCUCCCACUUCCUGACUCAAGAACCAGCCCUGCUCCCCACACCACCUUCCCUAGCCACCCCUCCCCACCCUCUCCGGCCCCAAAGUCUACAUGACUCCACAGGAGACCAGGACAUAGUCAUCCAUUGAACCCCGUUCCUUUGUUCCUCAAUGGACAACGAACAUGGUGUCCUUUAUUUUUGUGUGGCUUAUCCCCGGGGAGAAGUUGUUCUGACAUACAGACAGGAUUCAGAGAAGGUGGUACAUAGGACAGAUAGAGGGACACCAUCAGAACUCUUAACAUUGAGGUAAAGGCAAAAGAACACAUCGAAAAUUGGGCAGAAUAAUAAAGAGAAA